CUCCAAUCUCAUACCAACUGAUUCCCUCCCUUCAAACGUUUUCGACGCGAACGUAACAAUGAAAACGCGCCGUCCUAUCCCUUUGCUGUUGUUUCUGAUCAUGUUCAUCCUUUCCCUUAUUACACCGGCUCUAACGACUGACCAUACCUCAUCCUCGUCUUCUAUAUCCCGGAGCACGAGCACAGAGUCUUCAACCACUGUCGCAACUAACUCGGAUUUUUCGUUUUCCUCGAGUUCAAUUUCGACGCCUACGAGCGAAUCGAGUAUCACACCUUCACUCUCAUCCCUAUCUUCCUCUUCUUCAACCGGAUCUUCCCAAUCUACCUCCUCAUCCACUUCUUCCCAAACCAGCGCAUCCAGCUCUAGUUCUGAUUCUUCCAGCAGCACAUCUCUCAGUGUGAACCCGCACGUUGCCACAUCAACAACGUCCCUUACAUCUGAUGUUCAGGCUGAAAAUACCCUCACUGGUGUUGGAACAUCUACAUCUACAAGCCCUAGGAUAAUCUCCACAUCGACGACAUCAAGGACAUCUGAUGUUCAGGCUGAAAAUACCCUCACUGGUGUUGGAACAUCUACAUCUACAAGUCCUAGUAGAAUCACCACAUCGACGACAUCAAGGACAUCUGAUGUUCAGGCUGAAAAUACCCUCCCUGGUGUUGGAACAUUUACAUCUACAAGUCCCACCGUAAAGCCGGACGAAGUAACUACCACGGCCUUAACGAGGUCCCUUGCACCUCAUGCUGAGAAUACCCUCACUGGCAUUGAAACGUUCACGUCCACAUCUAUCAAGAGCCAACAACGAUUACCGACGGAUGCCGGCGGUGGGACGAGUUCGCAGAUCUCGCCCACUCAAGCUCGACCAGUGAACAACGUGAAUCUUGCGGCUCAGCCUACCACGAGUGAUGGAGGCACUCAAGUGUUCCCUCCCGUUGUCACCCAGUCGAACUCUGCGGGAGGUGGUCCUGGAGUAACGUUAGUUAAUAGUGUGGGUGGCACUCCGACUAAGGCUACUACUGAUGGAAGUAUACCAACUGGGGAAGGAAAGUUGGGGUCGGUGGGUAGUACGAAGGCUGAUGGGGAUGGUUCUGGCUCAACUUCUGUUGCGGGCCAAUCGUCCAGCUCAAGCACCGUUUAUUCUAAUUCGCCUCCUGAGCCCACUGUAGCACCUUUAACGCCGAUAGCACCUAUGUCCGCGAUGAAAGGGGGGAAUAAAACGAAAUGGAUAAUCGUAGCUGCCAUAUCUGGUGCUCUUUUACUGUUGAUACUAUCUCUCCUUGCGUUGGUUUGCUAUCGGGCACGUCAACGAAGGUUGCGGUCGGCUCGGAGGCUUACAGCUGUCACACCGUACGCAGGAGGGGAUUCGGAAUAUUUCGGUGUUGAACGAACUGGGUUGAAAGAGGGUCGCGGGACUGUUACAGUUUUGACUUACCAAACCUCAGUGGAUGGACGAGAUGAUGGGGAUACCCGACCUCGACCUUCUUUAUCGCCAUCACUAAACUCAACCUCGACUACACCCAGUCGGGUCUUCCCAGUUCACAUCUCAAACUCGGAGAGUGCGCCAGGUACUGGACCUCCUAGCUAUACUUUUGAUGUUCCGCCGAAUUAUGAGUGGGAAGAUUCGUUGGUGGUUUAUGUUUACGCUCGGUGA